UUCUCCCGGCGCUUCAGCGAAGGCAGCGCCCGGCCCCCGGGCUGCAAACCCCCCAGCCGGGCGGGGGCUCGCCGCGGGGCUGGGCGGGGCGGGCUCGCCCCUGAAUCCUCCCGGAGCGGGCAGCGCAGCCAGCCCCAGCCCCCGCUGUCUGAGCACUGGCAACUCAGCUCAUGCAUGGCAGGAGGAUGCCGGCGGGCGGCGAGGAAGCCCGGGCCACCGGCGCCUAGGACGGGCAUGCGGAGCGCCCGGAGCCCGGCAGCCACACACCGAGUCUGGGGGAGUUAGCGGCGGGAGGGGAGGGACACUGGCCGGCGGUGAGGCGGAGCAGGGGGAGGAGAAGCCCCGGGGCCGGCUGCGAUCGGAGCCCGCUGCUGCCCCUUCGCCCGGCGGAUCGUUAGAGCCACGAAGUGAGCGGACCGCGCCCCGGCGGGCUGGGCAGCGUGGCUCGCCUGGCCCGGGACCCGCCGCCGGAGCGCAGCGGGAGAAGGGGAUUUUCUCCCCCUUCCCUCCGUGCAUUGCCCCGAGCGGCGCGGGGCAGGACCCUCCGAGACAUGCCCGAGCUCUGCCCGUGAGAGGGGCCCCAGGCGGGUCCCCGCGGGCCGGGGGAGCGGAGCGCACAGCAGCCGGGACCGGGACGGUGUGUGGGGCUCCGUGCCCUGCCCUGACAGGAGCCUGCAGCGGGGAUUUGUGCUGGCCACGGAGCCAGGCCGGCUCGGGCCGCUUGCCCCCGAGAGAAACCCGCCCCCGCUGCCCGUCCCGUUGUGCAAAGCUCGCCCGGGAUGGACUGACGCGCCCGGCCGGCCCCCAGGAGCUGCAGCCCGGCGAGGUGCAGGGGGGGAUCCCCACCCUGCCACGCGCCGGCUUCCCAGGCAGCGGGGGGGCUCCCGAGGGACCCGCUGCCCCAGCCUGGCUCAGCCCGCGGGACUUGCUCUUCCAGAGACCUGCCGGCGCCCGGGGCCGCGGCUGGGCCCCCACCUCCGCCCCGCCUCGGCUGUCCCGGCUCCGCGGAACUCGCCCUCCGGGGGCUCGCUGCCCAGCCCCCCGCGGGGCUCCCCGGCAGACAGACGGAUGGGGGGUGGCUGCGCCGGCCAAGGGGGGCGCAGGGAUGGGCGCGGGCUAGCCCGGGCCUCCUGCCCCUGACCGGCCGAGGCGUUCUGGGGUGCAGCGCGGAGAAGCCCCCCCAGCCCCGCCCCGGGGCCCCUCACCCCGGCCUCCAGCCCCCCCUGGACGCCCCAGCGCUGGCCGGGCCGAUGAGAGGCCAUGGCCGCGGCUAUCGCCAGCUCGCUGAUCCGGCAGAAGCGCCAGGCCCGGGAGUCCAACAGCGAGCGGGUGGCCACGUCCAAGCGCCGCUCCAGCCCCAGCAAGGACGGGCGCUCCCUGUGCGAGAGACACGUGCUGGGCGUCUUCAGCAAAGUGCGCUUCUGCAGCGGCCGCAAACGGCCCCUUCGCCGGCGACCAGAACCCCAGCUGAAAGGAAUUGUGACAAGGUUAUUCAGCCAGCAGGAAUACUUCUUGCAGAUGCACCCAGAUGGUACGAUUGAUGGGACCAAGGACGAAAACAGCGACUACACCCUCUUCAAUCUAAUUCCUGUGGGCCUUCGUGUGGUGGCGAUCCAGGGGGUGAAGGCAGGUCUCUACGUCGCCAUGAAUGGCGAGGGAUAUCUCUACAGCUCAGAUAUUUUCACACCAGAGUGCAAAUUUAAGGAAUCGGUCUUUGAAAACUACUACGUUAUUUAUUCUUCCACACUGUACCGGCAGCAGGAGUCUGGACGAGCCUGGUUCCUGGGGCUCAAUAAAGAAGGUCAAAUUAUGAAGGGGAACCGGGUGAAAAAAACCAAACCCUCAUCACAUUUUGUACCCAAACCCAUUGAAGUGUGCAUGUACAGAGAGCCAUCGCUGCAUGAAAUUGGAGAAAAACAAGGACGCUCAAGAAAAAGUUCAGGGACACCAACCAUGAAUGGAGGCAAAGUUGUUAACCAGGACUCAACAUAACUGACAAACACCCCUCUCCCUCUCUUCCAGUUCUUCCCUUCCCACUCACCUACCCACCCCACCUGGCGAAACCACACUGAGACGACAAUAAACUGAGCAAGGCAGGAUCUACCAGUAGUGGCUAGGAUUCUGAACUCAAAAAUCUUUCUUUGUGUAGGACAAGGAAAUCGACUCCCAAAUCUUGCCUGUUGCAACGUUUCAAAAAAAAAAAAGAAGAAAAAAUGUUUUAAAUCAGGACUCCAUUAACAUUUUAAAAGCAAACUGUUUGCUCUUUGAUCAAAAGGAAAAAU